CCUUGUAAUGCGUAAUGGGAGCAACCAACUUGGACGGUGGGAGUACUUUGUGGAAAUUUUAAUGCUAGGUAGUUGUAACAGCAAAGUGACACUAGUUGUAAUGAAAACGGGAAAGAAAAAGCUAAAAUAUUAUGGGAUUGGCUCCUCAUGUUAGAGCAUAUAGCAUAUGGUCGUGCUAUACCAUUUUCUUUUGAUGAGACUGAUAUUUCUGACUAGUUGAAUGGUUUUGGGGAUUUCAUAUUUUGACUAUGUUUAUUGAACCAAUGUGAUUCUCCUUUUUCCAAUCAACAACACUAACGUUUUUCAGUAUGUUAAGACUUCCUUUUUCCAUGUUGCCUUUGGGUUAAAACUUACUGGGUAAGUAUUUUUUCCUCUGCUUUUCCAGAGAUUCCGAAGAAUUUGAAGAUGUGGAAAGUUUGGUGAAGCAUGCACUGGCAUCGACAAAGGUUGGUGUGCGAUCACAGCAUUUGGGUUUUCACAAAGCAUUAUGUGUGUUGAUGGGAUGGAGAAGUGCAGAGAAUCCCACCACUACAUGGGUUUGCGAGGCACUUCCCAAGGAUGAGAGCUUGGCUCUUAAGGGCGACCUUAUCAUUUGGCCUCCUGUUGUCGUAAUUCAUAAUAUUAGCCUUGCGACGAACAGCAAUCCAGAUGAACAUGUUGCUGUGUCUGUGGAAGAGCUGGAAGCUAAGCUUAAAGACAUGGGGUUUGGAGGCCACAAUGUGUGUCGUGGGAAACCAGUGAACCAGAGUGUUCUGGUGGUUAAGUUUGCCGCAACCCUUUCUGGUCUAGAGGAGGCGGAGAGGCUCAGCAAGGUCUACGCAGAGACAAAACACGGGAGGGCUGAGUUCCAGCAAAUCAGUUCCGGCGACAGCAGCACUGGGAGCUGGGCCCACGCCCCCUCGGCAGACAAGAUGGAAGAUGUUCUAUUUGGCCACCUGGGAAUCGUGGAGGACGUGGAUAAACUGGAUUUUGAGACCAAGAAACGGAGCAAGAUAAAGAGCAAGAGGGAGAUUCAGAAUUCUGCCGCGGCCCCUAUGAAGAGGAGGAGAGGGUAAACCAAUGAAGCGGUCGUCAUGGUUUUGGCUUUUGAAUCUUUGUGUUAUGAUAUUAGUAGUUGGAACGUUUUUUUUUGUUUUUUUUUCUGUUUUGCUACUCGGAGACGUUAUUGGUAAAUCCGAUAUAAGGGUUAAGAAAGAACGUUUGGAUGGCGCGGUUCAGGAGUUUCCUCACUCGUAUAAACACAGUCAUUCUUUACUAAUAAGAUGGCCAAUUGUAU